AUGCUUUUCAAGUCCUUGGCCGUUGCUUGCUUGGCACUGUUCGCCAAACAGGCGUCUGCCGCCUUUGGUAUCACAACCAGUACCGCAUCUUAUGUGAUUGAUGCUGGCUCUUCCAAUCCUCUCAAAUUUACAGUCAGCCGGACCAACUGUGACAUCACGUCCAUCAACUUCUAUGGCUCCGAACUUCAGUACCAGUCGACUGGCUCUCAUAUAGGCUCAGGUCUUGGAAGCGCUACUGUGACCGCAACCCAGAGUGGCGAUUAUAUCAAGGUAACUUGUGCUACGUCCACCUUGACCCAUUACUAUGUUGUCCACAGCGGAGACCCGAUCAUUCACAUGGCAACUUAUACCACUGCCGAACCCACGGUUGGAGAGCUCCGGUAUAUCGCCCGCCUGAACGCAGAUCUGUUACCGAACGAAGAGCCUUUCGGCGUGGUCUCUAACAUUGCUGGUGGAACUGUUGUUGAAGGCGAGGAUGUGGUAUGUCAGCUUUCCUUGUUGAUGGACAGACACGCAGCAAGUUCUACUCCAGCCAGCGCUUUAUCGAUGACAAUAUUCACUGUACACAAACAUUCCCGCUAUCUGGAAAGUUUUAUACUGAUUUUGGUAGGUGUUUCCGGAAGCGCCCACCGCGUUUGCAUGAUUUUGAACCAAUACGAGACUUCCGCCGGAGGGCCUUUCCAUCGCGACAUCAACACUAACAAUGUUGGCUCUUACACCGGUUUAUACUGGUACAUGAACUCUGGACACGUCCAGACCGAAACAUACCGCCAGGGCCUGCACGGCCCAUACUCGAUGUACUUCAGCCGAAGCGGUACUCCCAGCUCCAGCAUCGACACGUCUUUCUUCGCCGAUCUUGAUAUCACCGGAUACGUUGCUACAUCAGCCCGGGGCUAUGUCAAGGGUACUGCGUCCGGUGCUGACUCUUCUUUCAAAUGGGUUAUUCAUUGGUACAACUCUGCUGCACAGUAUUGGACCUACGCUUCUUCAACUGGAGCUUUCACCUCUCCUGCAAUGAAGCCCGGUACAUAUACCAUGGUCUAUUACCAGGGUGAAUAUGUCGUUGCCACCUCUUCUGUCACCGUGACCGCAGGAUCAACCACAUCUAAAAGCAUCUCCGGCUCUGUGACUACUGGAACUACGAUCUUUAGGAUCGGUGACUGGGAUGGAACACCCACUGGUUUCCUCAAUGCUGCCAACCAGCUCCGCAUGCAUCCCUCUGACACCCGCAUGUCCUCAUGGACACCAGGUACCUACACAGUCGGUACUUCAUCGGUGUCUUCGUUCCCAAUGGCUCUGUUCAAAUCAGUGAACUCUCCAUUGACGAUCAAAUUUACUGCUACUUCUUCACAGACCGGAGCCGCAACUCUCAGAAUCGGAACCACUCUUUCCUUUGCAGGUGGUCGGCCCCAAGUUACGGUCAAUAGUUACUCGGGCGCCACCCCGGCCGCUCCUACUAACCUCAACUCUCGCGGUGUCACCCGUGGCGCGUACAGAGGUUUCGGCGAAGUCUAUGAUCUGUCGAUUCCUGCCGGUACUAUUGUUGCUGGAAGUAACACCAUUACCAUCACUGUUGCCUCGGGUAGCUCUGGAGACACCUAUCUCAGCCCCAACUUUGUGAGUUUCUUUUUGAUACGGACAAUGUUAUAUGACUGGCAUAUUCUGACUUCUCGCAACAGAUCUUCGAUGCCGUGGAGCUCUUCC